CAAUCGUGAAUUCGUGAUUCGUGAAGCACCGGCCCGUUGUCUCGUACUCUCGCGUGCUCGUCGCCGGGCGAGGGCGAAAUGCGGCGCCCGCGCGGCACCAGCGACGGCGACGAGGAUCCCGGCGAGGAGGAGGAGGAGGAGGAACGGCGCCAGGCUGCGCCCCCGUCGGGGAAGGACGGCCCCGGGGACGCGCUGUGGCGGUGGCGGAACAAGAGCCUCUCCGAGGUGGUGCUCUCGUGGUCCGUGGACGAAAUCCUCGACAAGGACCUGCUCCGUGACAAGGUGUUGAAGAUACCAGAGACAUUUAGCACCAUGGAGCAUUACAUGACAUCGUUCUUCGGGCCACUUUUAGAAGAGGUCAGGGAUGAUAUGUGUUCAAGCAUGGAGGACAUCUCUAAUGCACCAUAUGCAGAUCUGCUCUAUGUUAAUUCAAUGAGGAACGGGAAGAAGGGAUCAUUCGAGAUCAGUCUUGGCAGAUGGAGGGGAACAUCUCAUGGUUGUGGGAUCGAUAACUAUAAGCCGAAAACUGCAGAUGUGCUGUUGAUUUCAGAAACAAGACCGGCAAAUCAAUCUGAUAUUCUCAGACAGUCCAAAUCAUGUGUCAUCGUGUGGGUCAGCAAGGUUAAGGGAAAUAAGAUGACAGUUAAGGCAUCACGGAUGAUGGAGACUGGGGCACAAGGAGAUGAACGGCGACAAAUGGGUGUUAAUAAAUAUGAUAAGUCGUAUUCUGAAGGUUCGGAUGAGUCUUGGGAUAUGCUAGAUCAAGAAGCAGUAGCUUCAAAAUCUAGAUACUCGUCUGCCCAUGACAUUGUCCGGAAAGAACGAGCCAAAAAGUGCAGUGGACAACAUGGACAAAAUGAGACAGAGACACACAAGUCAUCAAGGCGAUGGUCCUUCUGUGCAAUGUUCCUAACUAAUAUGGUAACAUAUGACCGUGUUUGGGUUGUGCUUCGAAGAGGUUUGACAAUGGAUUCAAAAAUCAUCCAUAGCAUGUUGGGCAGAAACAAUUAUGCUCCUGGACGUUGUAAAUACUGCAGCAAUAAUUCACUUGAUGAAAUCAAGGGCGAUCUAUGCAACUUUAAGCUGAAUGACUCACAGCUUGAUGCAGUAGCAAGUUGCAUUUUGGCAAGUGAAUGCAGUCACAGAUCUUCUGUAGGGUUAGUUUGGGGCCCACCAGGCACAGGUAAAACUACAACAGUUGCAGUGAUGCUACAAAUGCUUCUGACGAAGGAACAAAGAACUCUUGCAUGCGCUCCAACUAACAUGGCUGUCCUGCAAGUAGCUUCUCGUCUUCUUGAGCUGAUUGGGGACUUCUCUGCGAGACAACAUUAUUCAUUAGGCGACAUCAUUUUAUUUGGUAACAAGGACCGUUUGCAAGUUGGCAAGUUCUUGACAAAAAUAUAUUUGGAUGAUCGUGUCCAGAAGUUGUUGAGCUGCUUCAACCGAAAAAAUGGGUGGAAGCAUUGUGUGGAUUCUGUCAUAACAUUCCUAAUAAAUUGCAUUUCUCGGUACAGAAUAUCUGUUGAUAUACAAGGAAGCAGCAAUGCAUGCAACCUUACCUUUAAGAAGUAUUUUACAAGUAGAUUUAGUGCUUUAGCCAGGGAAUUGGCAGGAUGCAUCGAUACAUUCUAUUACCAUCUACCAAGGGGUUCCCUAGGCAAGAACUUUGAUAGGAUGAUGUUCGCCAAAAGUUUGGUUGAUAAAUUGCAGCAGUUGCUGAGCGCAGAUGAUGUCUCUGAUGAGACUCUUUUUACAAUCUUCAAGCCUGCUGAUGAUCUUCCUGAUUCUUCUAGUAGUCAUGAUGACCUAAUAGAUGACGCAGCUGAUGAUCUUCAUGAAUGUGAUAUUUCUUCAGAUAGCCCUUUGGACAUUAAAACCCUUUGCAUAAAAACUCUUAUGGCUCUUUCGAAGAUGCGGCUUCCUUGUGAAGACAGUGAGCCUUCAAUCCGGGACUUAUGUUUGAAACAUGCUAAGCUUAUAUUUUGCACUGCUUCUAGUUCAUAUGAGUUGUUCAGACUGCAAAGCGUGAAGCCUAUAAGCAUCUUAGUUAUUGACGAGGCAGCUCAGCUAAAAGAAUGUGAAUCACUGGUUCCUCUAUUGCUCCAAGGGAUAGAACAUGCUUUACUAAUUGGGGAUGAAAACCAGCUAUCAUCAUUGGUAAAGAGCAAGAUUGCUAAAGAUGCUGACUUUGGACGAAGCCUCUAUCAGAGACUGUGUGCAAUGGGUUACAGCAAGCACUUGCUGGAAGUACAAUAUAGAAUGCACCCCUGCAUCAGCAAAUUUCCAAACGCCAACUUUUAUGAUCAUCGGAUUUCAGAUGGUCCCAUUGUAAAGCAGGAAACCUAUGUCAAGAGUUAUCUCCCUGGUCCUAUUUUUGGAGCUUAUUCGUUCAUUCAUAUUGACAAUGACAUGGAGAUGCUUGAUAGCCUUGGUCAGAGUUCCAAGAAUAUGGCUGAGGUUGCUGCAGCUGCCAAUAUAGUCGAAAGACUUGCAAAAGAAUGCUCUGAGAAAAAGCAGAGGACGAGUGUUGGUGUAAUAUCUCCUUAUACGGCCCAAGUAAUCGCAUUGCAAGAUAGACUUGGAAGAAAGUUUGAGAAACAUGACUUUCUAUCUGUUACAGUAAAAUCUAUAGAUGGAUUUCAAGGUGGUGAGGAGGACAUUAUAUUGAUUUCAACAGUUCGGUCCAAUAAAGAUGGGAAAGUAGGUUUCCUAUCUGAUGCUGGGAGAAUUAAUGUGGCUUUGACAAGAGCAAAGUACUGCCUUUGGAUCCUUGGAAACGGAACCACUUUACUGGCAAGCAAUUCAAUAUGGGCUGAUUUAGUCCGUGAUUCAAAAAGACGUGGAUGCUUCUUUGAUGCUUUUCGGGAUAAGGACUUAGCAGAGGCAGUCAUGCUUGUAACUAAGCCUGAGCCAUGGAAACAAAUAGAACAGAGGAAUGACCGCGCAAAUCUUGGAAAUGGAGUGCUGUCUUGGUCAUCAACAUGUGAUGUGUCUGUCAAGAACAACGCACCAAGAAGAUGGAAUGAGCUUCCACUUUCAGUCAGAACUUCAAGUGACCAGCAUAGUUCUUUGGAAGGGUAUCGAGGAUGGCCCAAGCAGCAUCUUGGGCCCCAACCCCACGGCAGGCCGUAUUGUGAGCCAGUGCAGGGUAGUUUUCAAACUAGUAAUGGAAGGCAUGCUCCUAGAUCAGCCCGUAUGGAAGAAUCACAUGGCCAAAUUAGUGUUCGUGGUGCAUGGCAGCAUCCAAGAAGCUACUGCAACAGGGAGUAUCAGAAUAGGACUGUUUAUCCAGAGUCCCAGAAUGUGGUAACUUAUCCGUACCAGGGCAGUUCUUUCCAACAAAGGUUCCAUUCAUAUGGAGUUGACAGGCAAUUCAGUAGUUUUCAACGACAAGAACCACGUGGUCAAAUUGGCAGUCGAGACAGAGGAAGACCUUCCUGUCUUCAGAGGGGAGGUAGGGGAGGAUGGCGUGAAUGGUAUGUUUACUGUCGGGCAGAAAAGCCUCACAGUUGGGUGCAAAAUGUUGCUUCUGAAACUGGACUAUGCAAACGGCUAGCUCCUGAGCAGCGAGGGACAAAGAGGGACUGGUGUGAAGCAGAAUCAUCAGAUUCACCACAACAGGACAACAGAAAAAUGAGACCUGAAUGUGCGGAUCAACUUCCUAGGCAGGAGUAUCAUGGAGGCUCUGGAGAGCUCACCUACAAACUGCAUGCUCCAGAGCAUGGAGGGGUGAAGACAGAUGGGUGCAAAGCUGAAGCAUCAAGUUUGCCGGUCCAGGGUGACUCAAAAUCAACACCUGAAAGGGCAGAUCAAUCUCAUUGUACUACGUGGGACAGCAGUUCUGGUGCCUUUUCUCGUGAACUUCCUGUUUCUGAGCAGGAAGGGGUGGAAAUAGACUUGUCUGAAGCAGAAACAUCAGAUAUACCAUCUCAGGCUUUGAACGGCAGUUCUGAAGCAUCUCAUGAACCUCCUAUUCCUGAGCAAAGAGGGAUGGAAACAGACUUGUGUGAAGUAGCGGCAUUGGAUGCAGCAAAUCAGCUCCAGGAUGGCAGUUCUGAAGCAAUUUCGCAGACUGAUUGUUCCCGAGUAGGGAGGGGGCAGAAAUAAACUUGUGUGCAGCAGAAGCAUCAGCUGCACCAACUCAGGCUCGUGGUGGCUGCUCUGAAGGAUCCCUCGAGCUGCCUGUUCCUGAGCAGUGAGGAUGGAAACUGCCUUGUGUGAAACAGGAACAUCAGAUGCACAUGCACCAUCAGGCUCAGGAUGGCAAUUCUGGAACUGCUUCACAACUGCCUGUUCGUGAGCAGCGAGGAACUGAAACCAACUGCCUGGUUCCUGAGCAGCGAGGAACUGAAACUGACUUGUGCGAUGCAGAAACUUCGCCAGAACAGCAGGACAACAUAGAAAUAAACCUAUAACUAUAGAAUCAGAUAGGCAGACAUUUUUGAAUGUUGAUAUGUUUGUUACCCUUUUUUUUUCUGCUCUGUAUAGGCUAUAUAAUCUUGUAACCCUCACAUUCAGAAAACCUGUGUAUAAUAAGCAUGUAGUGUGUAGAUCUUUUUGCCGAAACCUGCAUGAGCAGUAGCGUCUAGAAUUGCACCAAUAAGAGAAAAUGUGAAUGUUUUUCGACAGGAUAAA